AUGGAUGGGCAGUCAGAGAAAACCAUGCGGACUCUGCCAGAUACACUGUCAUCCCUCAAGGAGUUCAACAAGUACCUCACACCUAGUUGGAUUGAAUCAGUGUCUCACAUCAUCAAGGAGUUGACACCAACCAAGCCACAGAAAGUAAUGGAAGAUAAGGCCCAAGAGAUAUUUGAGUGCGAUGACAAAGAACCAGGCACUAAAAUUGCAAAGAUUCAAGAUGAAAUGGUUUCACUGAGUGCUCAACUAAAGGAGAUAACGCUGCAGAAAAGAGAGUCAUUAAAUAACUAUUUGGAUCUGAAAGGAAGCAUAAGAGUAUUCUGCCGUAUAAGGCCUUUCAACCAUGAACAAAGUUACAGUUCCAGAACCAUGUUCACCGUAGAUGAGAGUAACAUUUUCUUAAGAAUUUCUGAAACCAAGAGAAAACAAUACAAGUUCGAUAAGGUUUUCGCCCCAUCCUCAACACAAGGUGAUGUAUUUUCUGAAGUCGAGCCACUGAUAAAAUCUGCUAUAGAUGGCUACAACGUUUGCAUAUUUGCUUACGGUCAGACGGGUAGUGGAAAAACUUACACAAUGGAAGGCAAGCCUACAGAUUUGGGUGUCAUACCACGUGGGAUUCAAGUACUGCUCGAUCGAGCUUCAGAGAGCAACAACAGAUUUCUGUUCACUUUCAGUAUGCUCGAGAUAUACAUGGGGAACCUAAGAGAUUUGCUAGUUCCAGGGAGCAAGACCAAUGGGUUUAAGAAUGUCCCAAGCCUUGCUAUUAAAACGGAUCCAGAUGGUGGCAUUGAGAUUGAAAACCUAGUGGCAGUUACUGUGAAUAAUUUUCAAGAAGUGAAAAGAUUAUAUGGCGUGGGGACCCGGCUUAGAUCAACAGCUUCGACUAUGGCUAAUUCUACAUCAAGCAGAUCUCACUGUUUGAUUCGCAUUUCAAUGACUUCCUUCGACGCACCUGAGAGAAAAAAAGCAAGAAACAAAUUAUGGAUGAUUGAUCUAGGUGGAAGUGAAAGACUUGUAAAGACAAAAGCAACUGGAAAAAGGCUCAAGGAAGGAAAAGCUAUAAAUUUGUCAUUGUCAGCCCUAGGGGAUGUGAUUGAUGCAUUACAGACAAAAAAAACUCAUGUACCUUACAGGAAUAGUAAGCUUACACAAGUUCUAAGAGAUUCUCUAGGAUGCGAGUCCAAGACAUUGAUGCUUGUCCAUAUUAGACCAAAUGAAAAUGAUUUGUGUGAGACAGUUUGCACCUUGGGUUUUGCAACAAGAGUAAGAAGUAUCCGUCUAGAAAGUGAAGAAUCGCCGGAUGUAAAAGCAAGGAAGGAACAGUUCUUGAUGGAGUUAGGACAGAAGGUCAAUGAUUUGGAACAAGAAUGUGAUAAUAUUAAAAGAAAAGUUAAGAAGCUUGAGGAUACAAUGGAGCAGUUGAAAGGGCCCCAGCUAGCGGUUAGCACAAAUUUCGUCAUUUCGCCUCCAUCCACUGAAGAGCUGAAGAUUAACAUGUCAAAGAAUGUAAGAAGUCUGAAGAAUCAUAAAGAAGUUUCGCCUGGGUUACCAAGGUUCAUGAGGCCAACUGCUGCUAGCCAGCACAGGAUAGGCCUAAAUAACAACGUUCCCAGCAUUAACAGACUGAAACCACCAGUGCCCCCAAAGAGAAGGCCUUCCUCCGUUUAUGCUGAAUCUAUAAGGCUUCCAGUAAAUGCAGACACUUGGCAGUCAGAGUGUAGUUCUGAAUGCAGUAUCUCCAUGACAAGUGACAUUAACUGGACACCGAGCAUACAAGAUGGGACUGAAUAUAGCCAAGAUGCAUCAGAGUACGAGAUCAAACAGGUUAUUUUCUCUGAACAUGAGAAACCAUCACAGGGUCAGGUGAUUUCCUUCAAAGAAUGGCAACUAGCAGAAUCGGAGAAUAUGCAGAACAAAACUGAAGAAAGGGGCAUUAUAGACAUUGAUAACUGGAUCCACCAACAAAUACUUGAAAGCACUGUCACGUGUCAAAGUAAAAUGGGUUUAAAUGUCCCCAAAGUAACUGGAGAUGAAACUUCCAAUAUUCGUUCACCAAUUAAGAUUGAAGGGGCUAAAGGUUGUAACAAGGCACUCAAUGAAGAAAACGACCUAGCCCUUCACCCCCCACCACUCAAUGCAAAGGAUAUAAAGCAAGCAAAUGCAGUUAAUCAUUUCUCCGGAGCAGAAUUACACAGCCCUCCAUCAAGAGAACGUUGCAGCAACAAUGAAACGAACAAACAUACGAAUGAAAGUUUUGCAUAUCAUGGGAGGUCCAGGAGAUCUCUUCAAGAAAAACUGGAUGAUUGCAUGCUAAGGCAGCCAGACAAGGAAGCUGAUCUAAGUGCACGUGCCGAAAUCAGGUCCCAGGAAGAACACCACAUAGGAAAGCUGACAAAGUUCUUUCAAGCACUUCAAAUAGCUUGGGUUGGUGUUGGUCUAGGAUUAGGCACUGCCAGACUUGGUUUAGAGGAUGACUUCUUUCAUAGCUUGAUGCUCUGAAGUAACUAUAAUCCUGUCAUUUCUAAGAUGUAGUACUCAGUUUUGAGAGAGUAAACUACUUCAGGAGAUGUAUUGCUGGCUUGACAAAGUGGCAGGGAAUUGCUAUCUCAA